CAACAAAACAAAAGCCAAACGCUGACCGAGCAGUGGCAACAUUUCCAUGGAAACUGUCAGAACGCCAACAACUGCUGCAUCGAUGCUGCCAACGAUUUUGCCAAUGCUGCUGCUCUGUGGCUCAGUCAUCAGCUCACCAAUGGAUAAACGCGAGCUGCAAAUGCUGGAGAUGAUGCGCAACAUACUCGGAGUAGACACCCCAGAUUUGGCAAGUGGACGAAGCCAACGUUCACAUCCCAUACUGUUUGCCAACUCCGUGCCAUGUGAAGACAGCUUGCCGGAGGACACCAACGAUAGUUUCAACUUCUUCGACGAAGAUCUGGAUGAUAGCGACGAAUGCAAUGAUUUUGGACGCCCUUGUGAAGAGCCGAAGCCACCUCUUGAACCGUGUCCCAAUCCCUUGGUGCCAUGGAUCAUCCAUGCUUUGUGCGUGUAAUUGUGCUGCGGACACCUUUAAUGCGACACGAUCCGUGCACAAAUUUUACCUUGGCCAUGCAAGCAACGAGCACAACUAGCACGACAGCGAAACCGAAAGGCCGCAAGUGCAAACCAAAGGUGAAGAAAGCGAAGCCCAAGCCGGAGCAGCGUUUGGCUAGUGUGAACAACAUUAACAGCACAAGCAGUUCCACAAGCUCCAGCACCUCGACAACAACCAGCACCGUGAGCACUAGCAUUGAAACGACAACCGAGCUGCCAACCACAAGCUCAACAGAGUCAGAAACCAGCCCGACAACAACUGAGGAGCCUCCAACGACAACUGAGAUGACUACAACAACAACAGAAGAGCCCACAACAACUACAACUACAGCAACAACCACAACAAGCAGCACUACUCCACUGACUACGCCAACGACAACAACAACAACCGAGAGCAUCGUCUACUCACGCAACAAUCAACUCAAGUCCUUGCGCGGCAGACGCCGCAAGCAGGGCCGACGACGUCCGAGUGUGCCGGAUGCGCCCAGAAUUAAAUUGGAUGGCGCCAUGCAGUCCAGCGAUGCACUUCCGGUAUUCCAGAGCACCGAAGUAAGCGAGCUGAGAUCACGACCGGAAACCACAACAAAGCCAAAUGAUUUAGAGACAACAACACCGGAAUGUGCAGAAGAUACAGACGAAGUGGAGGCAGAGCCGGAACGCAAAGCCGCUGACAACGAAACUGAAGAACUGGUUUCAGGCAGCGAAGAUUGCGAGGAUGCUGAGGAUCAAGACACGAAUCUCUGUCCACAGUUCUCAGCGCCCGAGGAACCAGCCAACAUGCGCCUUCUACCCGCAUCGCGGUAUCGUAAGCCCGUGAAAAACUAUGUGGAGCCCAUUCUGUACGAGGGUCAAGGAUUCGCCAAGCCAAGGCAACGCAUUGGCAUGCUGCAGCCCCAACGACGAGAUUUCUAUGUGAGCAACAAGCAGAUCAUGCCCAGACCGCGACCCAAGUACCGCGAACCUGUUCCCCAUUCCAUCUAUAUGAACAACAUUAUUCGUGGCGUCAAGUGCAGCGACGAAGUGCCAGGACAUCAGCACUCUAAUCCACAUCCUCAUCCGCGACGCUAUCGCAAUGGCAAGCCAACGGGACCAACACAACGUGGCUGGCUGAGCAGACGCCACGGUCCAGGCUAUGCUCCAGCUGGAUCACAGCCCACUUCAAAUGGUCACAUUCGACAUCGUCCCAAUCCACUUUACGGCCUCAGUUCCGCUGAAGAUCUGGACUCUUAUGACCACGACAGCGAGUACUACGACGAUGCCUCAGCAGAGCGUCUCAACUGGCCACGAGAGCAUCAUGCACCGGGUUCAUCAUCGUCGCCUACUGUGGAUCCUUGUCAGGCCGAGCAUCGCCAGGAGCGGGAAAGGGAGCGAGCCAGGGAGUUGGAGAGGGAGCAUGACAGAGAGCGAGAUAAUGAUCAUAUGUUGCAAUAUCCACAACCUGUUGCUCCACGUUUCUUUACCUAGGCUAAGGCUACAAAACAAAUUGCAGUACUAUAAAGCACACAGUAGCACAUUAAGAAACUGCACCACGAGAAUAAAGCUAGUUAAUAAAGUAAACAUUACAGGGUAUUAGAAAGUAUAUAGGUUAGAGCUGCAUUAUAAACUAAUA